UCAACACACAUAAACUGCACUGCAGUGUAAUGCAUGCUAGUAAUAGUAUGUAUGCAUAGCAUGUAUCUAAAAUCUAGUUAGUUUUGCCUACAUCGUAUGCAUUAUACUAGGCUUAGCGCCUAGGGCUGGGUGAUAUAUCGUGAAUGAAUGUUACUCUCACAAUUGCUCAAUUUUGAGUCACGUAACCUUUAAAGUGAAUGAAUUUCAGAGGAUGUCAGCGGCAAGUAAAUCUGACAUGAAUGCACUCGCAGAGCAGUUUGCAUCAGUGACUGGAUCCACAACUGUAGUGGGUUUGCAAAUGCUGGAGGUAUGCAAUGGUGACCUAGAGAGGGCGAUCUCCAUGCACUUAGACGGUGUGAUUGACGUUGAUGCCAUGCAGAAUCAAGAUGUCAAUGCUACUUCCUCCCUGUCUUCGGCUGCUGGCCCAUCAAUACCCCUCAACGAUUCUGUCCGUGCUCCAAUUCCAAGUAAAAUGGACACAUUGGUUGAGGAUGUUCCCACAUUUGGUCCAGUUCCUAGACAAAGAAGGGCCAGACAGUCCGUUUUUGAUGGUCUACGCGACUUCCAAGCAGAAACAAGGCUCCAGGAGGAGAUGAUGCACAACCCCAAGUCAUCAUCGAAAAAGAGAACAUUAGAAGAUCUUUUCAGACCACCUCUAGACCUCAUGCACAAAGGAACAUUUGUUACGGCACGGGAAGCUGGGCAAGCCCAGGGCAAGUGGCUCAUGGUCAACGUUCAGAAUGUAAGAGAAUUCAGCUGUCAGCAACUUAACAGAGACAUCUGGAGUGACUCUACUGUCAAGAGUAUCAUCAGGGAGUCUUUCAUCUUUUGGCAGGUGUACCAUGAUAGCGAUGAAGGGCAGCGGUACAUGCAGUUUUAUAAAGUUACAGAGUUCCCCUAUGUCUCUAUUUUGGAUCCAAGAACAGGAGAACAGAUGGCAACUUGGCAUAGAAUAGACAACGAAGCUUUCUGUGAUGUUGUGAUGCAGUUCUUAUGUGACCACAAAAUGGACAUUCCAGACAUUGUUCCUCUGUCACCGCCGGCCGAUAGCCCUUCGUCAUCUGGGCCACCUGCCAAGAAGGCUAGAACAUCUAGCAUCAUUGAUGCGAGUGAGGAUAGUCAGUUAGAAGCCGCCAUCGCCGCAUCCCUGGCCGAGGUGGAAGCAGCUCAAACCAAAGCAGAGUCCAGCAUCAUUGCCAUCGAAUCCGAUUCUGAAGACGAUGUCGACGAUGAAGAGGAUGAUGAAGACGAUGAUGCAGUAGAGACGAUAGAGAGCGAUUUUGCGUUCAGUGACUCUGAGCCCUCGAGUGAGGCAGUGCAUCGGACGACCUCUAAGACUAAAGCAACAAACGGGGCUGUUCAAAGGACAAGUGUAAUUGUCAGUGCCGCUUGCAAAGGUCAUGAAGAGGUCGUUCACAAUGUAGAUGACGACGUGAAGGACGAGACCACUGUGAUAAAUGAGAGAACAGAUGUGAAAGAAGCCAAAUCAAAUGGAUCGAUCACAAGCGAGGGAAAGAGAGAACUUUCAUGUGAAGAAAAGGCAAGAACUGAACCUUCGGAAAGCAAACCAAAGAUAAUAGACAGCAAUGAUGUCAAUGUUGAUGUCAAUGUUGAUGUCGAUGACGAUAUCGAUGGGGAGAAGCAGGACGAUGCAGGAAGGUUAUCUGGGGCUGAUGCCGACGAUGCCACAAAAGGGGAGGAUAAUGAAUCCGAUGAAACCUCAGGACCAACUACUGAAAUCAUGUUAAGGUUCCCCGAUGGAAGAAGAAAACAGGUCUGUCUAUCAACAUCAGCAACUCUAAAGGCACUGAUUAAAUGCGUUUCUAAGGAAGGUUUUAAGGCGGAGAAGUACGAACUCAUCACAACUUAUCCCCGUCGUCGACUUUCUGCCUUAGACUCAAGCACCAGCCUCUCGGACGCAGGACUUAGUCCCCAAGAAAGUAUCUUUGUCCAGGAACGGUAGCAGACACAACCUUUCCAAAGAUGAUUGCAACACAAGUAACAUCAAGGAGGGGAUUUGCGAUCAUGUCAAUUCCAUUUUGUGAGGUGAACGGUUUUCUUCUAAAAAACAACAACCUUACUUUUGAGUUUGCUUUCGUUGAAUUGGCUACAAGUGAUGGAAGGUCUAUAGACAAGAUAGCUGAACUUAAGGUAGACUUUGUGCAUGGUUUCCUGUUUCAUGAGGCUAUCAUUUUCAUACCUCCACCACCGAAGGUGCUGCCAAAAGACAUUCAAAAUUGAAUUUUGCAAUCAUGUUUGCAUUCAAAUAAAAUGUCAUCCAGUAAUUACACAUUAAUGGUUGCAGACAGGAUCAGGAUUGCAAAAAACAUGGCACAGGUGCGGCUUGUUUCUUGUGAGAGUAUUUGUAAAUUGUCCCCCGUUUCAUGAGGCAUACAGUUAUUUUGUAAUUGAAAUUUGCAAUCAAGUUUACGUUCACAUUUGAUUUCAUCCAGUCAGUUACACAUUGGCAGCAGCCCACUUGGUCAUGAUUGCCUAAGGAAAUGACGUUUAUGCGAUGUAACAUUCAUGGUAGUGUACCGUACCGAUCACCCGAAAAUAUAAUUUGUAUACCCGGUAUGCAUGUUGCUAGAAUGUAUGAAACUAACCCCCAAAACCUUUUCCUGGCAUUCUAUAGGUAAAAUGUUAAGGAGUAUGAAUAAAAUAAAGGAUAACAUGACAUCCCAUGUACAAGGCUUGCAAGUAACCAAGUCAACUCGAUUUGGGUUCAGUGUGCACCCUAUUUUAUGCUCUUCAAGAUGUUUAAUGUUCAGUGAGGGUGUAUUUAAAGUGCAAUAUCUCUUUGUAGAAUUAAUGAUUGAAGCUUGUAUUUUUAAAGAGUAUAACGUCAAGAGCAAAACGUGUUUUGGUGAUUGGUACACUUGAAAUAUUUGACCAUUGUAUCCCGUUCCAUGAGGAGGACAGUUAAUUUUGAUUAAAAUUUGCAAUCAAGUUGGCAUUCAAAUUUGAUGUCUUCUUAUCAACUACAAAUUGAUGGUAGCAGGCAUGAUUUCCAUAACACUCUGGUUGUUAACAUUGACCUCUGAACAUUUUCCCUUGCUUCAUGAGGCUAAACUUGCAAUCAUGUGUGCAUUCAAAUUUGAUUUCUAAUCAAUUACGUUUUGAAAGAGAUAUGAUUAUGGUUGCCAAAAGAUGACGUUGAUAGGGCUAAUACUUAUAGAGGAGGGUAUUUUUGUGCUUGCUUCAAUAUGCAGGGUAAAGUGCAUGUUCACUAACAUUUGCAAUCAUGUUUGCAUUCAAAUUCAAUUUCAUCCAGUCAAUUACAUAUUGAUGGUAGCAGAUAUGAGUCACAUGACCACAGUUGCCAAAACAUGUUAGUGAUGAGGGUUAAGGUGUUUGUGCUUUGUCUCAUUUUUCAUGUUGUGAGCAGUCAUUUUUACACAAAAUUUGCUAUCAACUUUGCAUUUAUAUGUGAUUUAAUCCUAUGUUAAAGGACUUUUUAAUAUGAUGUGAUUUUGCUGUUACACAUACUUUCCCCAGAUCUUAUUCGGAUGGAACUAACAGAUUAAGAAUAAAUGUUUUUAUGUUUUGUUUGUGUA